AUGAUUGGCAGUUUAUUCUUCAUCUUCAACCGGAUCGUGGAGAUCAUUUUCCUGAUCCCCAUCAUCGGCAUGAUGGCCUGGUUUGUCCACGGCUACCUCCAAGCGAACAUGCUCACACCAGCCUACAUCCUGAUCCUCUUCAUCACCUCCGUCAUCGCCAUCUUCUGGGCCCUCGACACCCUAAUCCGCUUUAGCACAACCAAACGCUCCGCAAUAUUCGUCGCCUUCGUCGACAUGCUCUUCUUCGGCGCCUUCAUUGCCGGCGUCUAUCAACUGCGCUUCAUCGCAAAUGCAAACUGCUCCCACUGGGACGGCGGCUCUGUCUGGGUUUCCCUUGGCCCGUUCGGCGAGUACGGUACCCGCACUGAUAACCCAUUGUCGCUUCACGUGAACAAGUCCUGUGCCAUGCUGAAGACUUGUUUCGCGCUGGGUAUUAUGGAGAUUGUUUUCUUCAUUUGGACUGCCUUCCUGGCGCUGUUCUUGCAUAGCCGUGACCGGGAUCGUGUCGUUGUUAAGGAGACGGUGCGCCGGCGCAGUCAUUCUAGUCGGCGGGGUCACUCUAGUUCUCAUCGUCGUCGGAGCUCUAGUAGGCGGCCGGCUUAUGUUGUCUAG